UGUCCAGUAACUAAUACAUGCCGGAAAGCAACCGUAGCUCAGUGCAAUUGGUUCCGCUCAGUGUGACGCAAAUUCACACCCUACUUUUCUAUUUUAUUGAUAAAAAAACGGAUUUAUGUUAUUUAAUAUUAUUCAGUGAUGCUCGUAUUUAUAGAUCGUAAAUAUUGACGUGGUUUUAUAUUGAUUUAAAACCACGUCUUUUCUUAAUAUUUCGUUUCCCGUCGAGCGAUACAAAGAGUAGCACCUGCCACUUCCGCUUCUCCACACGCGAACGUCAGGGAGACCGUAACAGUUUGCUAACCGUUUAAAAAAAGACGACUCGUAUUGAGUUUGAGAUCAUUUUGUAGCUUUUUUGCUACAUAUAUAAUCCCGGCUAACAUGCUUCUUUUUUGUCCAACCUGCGGAAAUGUUUUAAUUGUCGAGGAAGGACAGAAGUGCAUGAGAUUCGCCUGCAAUACCUGUCCUUAUGUACACAACAUCACAAGAAAGGUUAAUGACAGAAGGUUUCCCAAAAUGAAAGAAGUGGAUGAUGUUCUCGGUGGAGCUGCAGCUUGGGAAAACGUUGACUCUACUCCUGAAACCUGUCCCAAGUGUGGCCAUCUCCGGGCCUAUUUCAUGCAGAUUCAGACCCGGUCAGCUGAUGAACCGAUGACCACUUUCUACAAAUGUUGCAGUGCCCCGUGUGGACACCUAUGGAGAGACUGACACCUUUGCACUUUGAAAAUCGUAACAUCUUUAAUGCUAAUGUUGCAAAGUUACUUUUUGUAUACCGUGUCCCUUUUUUGAGCCUAUAUUUAUUGCCAACAGGCUGCGGGAGUUAUGCAAACUAUUCUAAUUAUUUCCAGUUUGUGCAGUUUAUAUUUCAAUUUUCUUUUUGUAUUUGCAGAUCAUACUUACA